AUGUUUUUACCAUUUUUUUUGGGCAAAUGUAUUUUAUGCUUCCUGGCUUUAGGCUCAAUUCCUAUUGGGUUUAUAAAUAGAAAGAAUAAAUUUAAGAAAAUCGAAAAUUAUAAAUAUAUAAUCAUCAGUUCGGUAGUGGUGAACAGUUUUUUAAUAUAUUUGAAUAAGUAUUUUGGGCUUUUUGCGAUAUUUAAUUUUUUUUUGGGGAAUUAUUUAUGCUUAAUUGGAAUUACAGGAGGUAUAGCUGUGGGUAAAUCUACAUUUUGUAAUUUUUUGAAAACAAAAAAUGUUGUUGUUAUUAAUGCGGAUGAUAUAACAAGCCAAAUAUAUAAAAAGGGAUCAACAUGCUAUAAAAAAAUUGUAAAACAUUUUGGCGAAGAGAUCCUUAAUAAUGAUAAAAGUAUUAAUAGAAUUUUGUUAAGAAAAAUUGUUUUCAACAAUGAAGAAAAUGUUAAAUAUAUAAACAAAAUAACACACACAUAUAUUAUAAUACAGAUCAUUAAAGAAUGCUUGAAAUAUAAGUUUCUAUAUUUAAAAUAUAAUGUAGCAAUUGAAGCUCCUUUAUUAAUUGAAACAAAACUGUAUCUAUUAACAAGCCCUAUUAUACUUUUAAAGUCAUCUAUAAAGAAUCAAAUAAAGCGUAUAUUGUCGAGAGAUAAAAAUUGCACAUACGAUACAGCCAUGGGCAUAAUUAAAAACCAAUUACCAACUGAUGAAAAGAUAAAGUUUUCGGAUAUUAUAAUAAACAACGAUGACGAUUUACUAAACUUGGAAAUGAAGUGUGACGUAGUUUAUAACAAAUAUUUAAAAAGUUUUUUCUUUUAA